GGAGGCAAUGGAGAAGAAGAAGCCGACGGACCGGACCCGCUCCCCGGACGGUAGAGCUAAAGACAGAGUGGACAGCGUGGAUCCAUAUGGUUUUGAGCGCUCAAAGGACUUUGAUUACGACUCGUAUGAAGAGCUCAUGUCUGAAUAUCUCGUUGUGCUCACCCGAAGAUCUAUCAAGUGGUCCAAACUACUGAAGGGAAAGAGCAAGGUGCAGAAGAAUGUCAAACUUAAGCGUUAUGUUCGUAAGGGGAUUCCCAACGAGCACCGGGCUCUGAUCUGGAUGGCAGCCAGCGGGGCUCAAGACCAGUUAGAGAAGAAUCCAGCAUACUACCAGUCUCUGCUAGCAGCCCAGCAUGACCCCAAACUGGUGGAGACCAUCUGCACAGACUUGAACAGAACAUUUCCAGACAACGUCCAGUUCCGCAAGACAUCCAACCCAUGUCUGCAGAAAGCUCUGUACAACGUGCUGCUGGCUUAUGGCCACCACAACUCAGCUGUGGGCUACUGUCAGGGGAUGAACUUCAUAGCUGGGUAUCUACUCAUCAUCACAAAAGAUGAAGAAAAGUCCUUCUGGCUGAUGGAUGCACUCCUGGGUAGAAUUUUACCAGACUACUACAGUCCAGCCAUGCUGGGGCUGAAGACGGACCAGGAGGUGUUAGGGGAGCUGGUUAAAGUUAAAAUCCCUGGAGUCUGGCAGACCAUGGUGGAUCAGAAUGUGAUGUGGACCCUGGUGGUUUCUCGAUGGUUCAUCUGUCUCUACAUAGAUGUCCUGCCCGUAGAGACAGUCCUGCGGAUUUGGGAUUGCCUGUUCUACGAGGGCUCUAAAAUCCUGUUCCGUGUAGCUCUGACACUGAUCCACCACAACCAGGCUCUGAUUCAACAGGCCCAGUCACUGCCAGACGUCUGCCAAAACUUCAAGCAGAUCACCCGUGGACCAUUCGUGGAUGAAUGCCACACUUUCAUGCAGAAAAUCUUCACUGAACCAGGAAGUCUCUCCAUGGCAACCUUGACUAAGCUGCGGGCGACAUGUCGAUCUCGCGUCAUUGCAGAAGAAUCUUGAACCUAACGCAAUUACCUGCUGCUCAAACUCAAUACACAUUCCACUGGGAGAAGCACCCAACAGCUCGUUUGCACCUGCUUUUCUUUUCUUAAUGUAACAUAUUACCACACACUGGUGACUAUUUUUCUUAAACAUAUUUUCAGACGAUCAUACACGUGUAAAUAUAUGGUUAAAUGAAAAUAUUCUUAGCAAUGAGCUGUGUAAGCUGACGAUUCCAUUUGAAAACUAACGUAUAGUUUCUCCUUUUGUUAAAUGAUGCACUUUACUCCAGAAAGUCAGAGACACUGUAGAGAAAAAGCUUGGCAGCAAAUGGUCAGAUAAAGAAUGUGUUGCACUCUGUGAGCCCAGCCAAGAGGCCUACUGUAUUUCACAUUGAAUGUUUAAAUGAAGACUCCAUGCUGGACCUCCCUGCUGUGGUAACCGAAUGUAAAUCAUACUGAUUUCAAAACUUUUUUUUUCUUUUGCUCCAAACAUUUCAAAAUCUGAUUUAUGUACUUGAUGGUUGUGUUCAUGUUUUGAGAAAAUGUUGAACUUCCUGACCUCAACUAUUAAUUCAAGUGCUCUGUGAUGAAAUGAUCUAAUUGAAAAGGCUCCUCUCUUUUUCUAACCAAGGUGUGUCCAGUUCGUUCUGUUCGGUUUUGUGGUCCUUUAAAUAUAUGUGGUAGUACUCAUAUCAGAUUUUGUUUU